CUUUAGGUAGAGGAAAUAUAAACAGCGGUGCGGAUAAAAUGGUAAAAAGCGUCAAAGACAAUUUAAUAGAAAGGGAAAUAUCUACUGAAAAUGCAUUAUACAAAAAUGGUUUCGAAAUAAGCAGCACCAUUGAAAUGAAAGAACCAGAACACAAAAUUUUUAAAGAAGAAAGUUCUAAAAAUCCAAAGCAAAACACGUUGGCACAACAAUCUAAUACUACCAAAACGAACUAUCUAAGUAUUGUAGCCAGUUCUGAAAGUGAAAGUAAAAGCUCACAGAUUAAGCAAGAAAUAACACCAUUUAAAGGCAAUGAUCAACAAAGCGAUGUAUCUGGCAUGUUGAAUAGUGCAUGUAGAAAGCAAAAGUCAAUUGAAGAGGUUUUGACUGCGGAAAGUGAUGUUCAUGCUGGCCCUCGUGUCAAGGAACAGUCAAGCUUGAAUAAAGCUUAUACAAAACCACACUUGAAUGCAAUGUCUGUUGACAUAGAAAUGAAAAAGCAAAUGGAGAAAUUUGAUCUGCGAAACGAAUCCGUAAAUAAAUCUAAACAGGAUCAACAACCUAAAAAUAAUAUUUCCGCUCAAGACACUCAAACUAAUAUCAGCCCACUGGAUCAAAUUUCCUGUAAAACUAGACAAAAACCAUUUUCCAUGAGAGAUGAAAUACACCGAACUGUACUACAACCGUGUAAAGAAGUGGUGAAUAAAACAAAUCGCUAUUUGACAACUGAGAACGUCGCAAAACCUAAACAUGAUGCCAGCAGUUGUAUUGAAACACCUUCUGUCGGGUGUCAAGAGAUAUCAAGAUCAUCUAAUAUAAGUGAAAAAGGUUUUCGAGUGAACAUUGAUGGUAUAAUCUAUCAAAAUCAUGAAUGCAAUAGUUUAUCGAAUUCGAAACCAUAUGAUGUAUCCAAUCAGAAGUUAUGGGUUGAGGACUUAACGAACAUGUCAAGUGGUCAGGUGUCUAAACACGUAUCUGAAUUUAAAAUAUCUACCGAUGAACGGAAGAAUGUUAUUGCGUCUUGUGAUCAUGACAGUACUGUACAAACGUCUGUUGUACAAAAACCAAAAGGUAGCUGUCUGGAGUAUAAAAGACUGAAAACAAAGCCAUCAACAGCAGAAUCGACUGUUCAGAAGGAGCCUGCAUCUACAGUUACUAUCACUUCAGAAAGUGUAAAUAUAGUUAAAAAAACUGAAAAGAAAAAGAAUUCUGAAAAGGACGAACCAAUAAAGAAAGAAACAACUACUGAAAAUGUUAGGAAGCCUCAAAAAUUAAUUCUUGAAAUUUUCAAUUGUGAUAAGUUUGACUAUCAAAGGUUUUUAGAAGAUAGAAUAGGAAUUCCGGUUGAAUAUACUAUUGAAGACAUUAUUAAGAAACAAAAUAGUAUAAAUCUUAUUGUCAAAUUUCCAAGUAAAACAUCGAGCAGAAAAGUCACUGAAAUAUUGCAUUUGAGUAACCGUAAGUGCAAGACUAUGGUUAUGUGUUAUGUUUACGAAGAAAAAAGUACAACAAACAAAAUGCAGAGAAAGGUGAAAACAGAAGCAUCACGCAAAAAUAGUUGUGAAAAAUAUGUCACUAGGGGAACAACACCAGAAAAGCAGAAAAAGCCAACAGAUCAGAGUCGGAAUCAAACGAAACCCUUGUCAGCAACAAAAUCAACUGCUAUCAAAAUUGACAAACAGAGAACCGAUACCAAUUUCGAAAGCGCAGCAAGCGGUAAUCAUGCAAACAUAAAAACAUCUAAUGGUGGAAAGUGUGAUAUGUUUUACGAUUUAGUUGACGAACAAAGCGUCCAAAAGAAUACCAAAAUAGAACCUGAAAUCAAAACUCAGAUUUUCGAAAAGUCAAGCACAACAAAUGUGCAAAAACAAAAAUGUAUAUCCAUUAAUCAAACUGUCACAACCAAAAGAGGAAAACAAUUAAAAGAAAAAACAGAUAAUGAAAAUAAUGUUGGAAUUAAAAAUUCCAUGAACCUGACUGAGGCAAAGUCGAAAUCCGGACAUGUUGACACAGGAGCAACCUUACACACGAAAUGUCCAUCUGAUGAAAUAAAAGUUAAACAAAACAUGGAUAUAAGUGAGGCACAUAGUGAAACUACACUUAACACGCCCUUGACUGUUAAACUCGCUGACAAAAAUAAAAUUAAGAAUCAAUACCCUUCGGUUAAUGCUGUGGCAGAAAAGAAAGUGAUUGCCCUAGGUCAAGGCAAUAACAAAUGCAAACCACAAUGUAUAGAAAUCGAAAUCUAUAACCUUUCAAAGAGAGAAUCGAAUUUAGAACAUUUUUUGAAUUUCCGACUUCAAAAGAAAUUUGAAUUUAGCAUCAAGAGUACGGAAGAAUUGCAAAAUGUUAUUUUUCUGUCUGUGGAAUUCCCCAGCACAAAUUCUUCAAGGAAAGCUAUGGUUUUACUCGAGAAGAGUAACACACUGACUGGAACCAACAUUAAAUGUCAUAUCGAUCAGAAAAGAAAACAGGAGAUUCAACAAAAGUUGCGAAACAAAAGGCUAUCGGAUAUGGCAAGCCAACACGCAGACGUUGCAAAACAAUAUAUUGACAAUCACGAUACACAACUUAAAGAAUUGACAGAAUGUUUAGGCAAGUUUACGGAUAAGAAACCCAAAUUUCAAUCAAUAGACAACUUUAAUAAAAAGAAGAAAGAGAAGGAAACAUUAACUUCAAAAAAGAAAGAAAUGGAAAGUCAAAAAUCUGAAUUUCUAUUUUUUAUAAAGUCAUUCCUCUGCAAGUUAGAAAAACUUCAAAACUCUUCCUUUGAUGAACAGGAAUUGUUGGAGCUCGAAACCUGUUUUAAAUCUGAGUGUAACAGAUUUGCCGCUGCACUUCCCAUAUAUGCAUGCAGAACAGGAAUUUGUACAACGAUUAAUACAGAUCAAACAUCCGUUAUUUUAGGUGAGACAGGAUCAGGAAAAAGUACACAAGUCGUUCAGUAUCUUUAUCAAACAGGCUUGUAUUCAGAAGGAAUUAUUAUUUGCACCCAACCCAGAAAAGUAGCUGCAAUUAGUCUGGCAACUAGAGUGGCAAAGGAGAUGUCUUCAAACGUAGGUAACUUGGUAGGAUAUCAAGUCGGUAUGAACUCCAAAAAAUCAAAAGAUACCAAAAUCCUAUACGUCACAGACCAUGUACUUCUAAAUGAAUGCCUGAGAGAUCCCAAUCUAACAUUGUUUUCUUGCAUAAUUAUCGAUGAAGCUCAUGAAAGAAGCAUAUUCACUGAUCUUUUACUAGGAAUGAUAAAGAAAUGUCUGCCGUCUAGGCCAGACUUGCGUGUUGUAGUAACAUCUGCUACCAUCGACCCAGAUGUUUUUGUUCGUUUUUUCGGUGAAUGUCCGGUAUUGUCUGUUUCCGGUAGAACUUUUCCUGUCGACGUGGAGUGGUCAGAAGAAGCAUUUGAUGAUAAUUAUGAAAAAAGGACAUUAGAGAAAGCUAUCGAUGUCCACCUAAGAGAAGACAAAGGAGAUAUAUUAGUUUUCCUAACGUCUCCAUUAGAAGUAGAAAAAAGUUGCAAACAAUUUGAAGAAAAACUUCGAAACUAUCAUGAUUUUAUAUGCCUUCCUUUACAUGGAAAAUUACAAGCAAACGAACAACAACGAGUGUUUACCCCUGCACCACAUGGAAAACGAAAAAUUGUAUUUGCCACUAACAGUGCUGAAACUUCCAUUACGAUACCAGGAAUCAAGUACGUUGUAGAUUCCGGUCGAAUAAAGGAAAUGCAAUUUGAUCCUAAAAAGAACAUAAGUUCAUUGGUUGUUACAUUGGUGACACAAAGCUCUGCAAAUCAAAGAAGUGGUAGAGCUGGAAGAACCGCUCCUGGAAAAUGUUUUAGGCUUUAUUCAGAGAGCGAAUAUAAAGAAAUGAAUGUAUGUUCUACUCCAGAAAUAUUACGUGUUAAUUUAGGACAGGCAAUUCUAAAGCUAAUGGAAUUGGGUGUUGAUCCUAUUUCAUUUGAUUUCGUAGAAUCACCUCCAAGGGAUCAACUGACAAAUGCUAUGGAAACGCUUGUGUCAAUUGGUGCAGUAGCAGAUGGGAUACUGACAGACGUUGGAAAAUGGAUUGCAAAGUUACCUUUUGAUCCUAUAUUUGGAGCAUUUAUACACGAUGCAAUUGAAUGUCAUGUUGGUAUCGAAGCUCUAAUCUUGACGGCUUGUUGUGGCUCUGGAGGGUCGCUCUUUUACCGAUCUGGUAAUCUAGAAGAGAAAACAAAUGCGGAUAAAAUGAAAAUUAGAUUUUCUCAUUUAGGUGGCGAUGUCAUGACAAUGUUAAAUGCAUAUAGAGAAUGGCAUAUCCAACCGGAGAAUUCUAAGGGUAAAUGGUGUGCAAAGAACUAUGUAAAUGGGAAAACAAUAAAAGCCGUGAGAGAAACUGCUACCGAAGUGCUUUCAAUUCUUCGCAAGGAAUUACAAAUCAAGUUGGAAUUUAAGUUAAGUGAUCCAGAAAAAGUCGACCUCAUGUUACAAAAAAUGAUUUUCAAAACUUUCAAGCACAAUAUAUGUCACUAUUUAGGACACGAGCGAGCUGGUUAUCAUGUCAUACAUAAAGCACACGAUGUUUGUCUAUUUCCAUCUUCAUCCUUGCCUUCUCUGGGACUGAAGCCAGAAUGGUUAGUCAUUGAACAAGUUUUACAUAUAAAUCGAGACUAUUGUGUCAAUGCUACACCAGUACCAGUUGAGUGGAUUGAGGAAGGAUUAGAGGAAGGUUGGCUGAAACCGUUUGAUAUGGAACGAGUUGAAAAACAAAAGGUAAUGUGUCUUGGUGCGUACGGAAUGGGAGAACAAACUUUCAGAGAUUUUGUUGGACCUCGCUAUGCAAAACUAAAGGACUUCGAGACACAGCUUAAGGAGAUUGCGGAUGGAAGUUUUGUAAUACUUGAUACAGAUGGUAAAACGGGCGAAAUUUGUCUGUAUUCUACAAAAUAUGUAACGCCAGUAUUGAUUCAGCACGUCGACAACGCAUUGAACGCAUUGAGAAGAAAAUUCCAGGAUGAAAAAAGUGAACAGUAUUUGAGUUCUUCAAAUCAAGGAACUCGUAUCGUUAUAUCAGCCGGUUGUAAUGUAGCAGAUGUUCUCAUGCCAGACGAGUUUAAAACAGUCAUAAUAGUCGGUGAUCCUCUCAACACGCAGUGGCUUACUGAAGAAGAUAUAAGAAAUGAGUUUGAGUUAUAUGGCCACAUUGAAUACAUUGAGAAGUUUUAUUUUACCAAGAACAAGAGAAAUUGGGGAAAAAUUACCUUUACGACUACUACAGAAGCUGAAUAUGCAGUAGAAGAAACAAAAGAAGAAGAGAUUCGUGCUCUACCAACUGGAAAUGCAAGACUCCAAAAUGAACAUCGUUUUCGUGUGAAAUUCGAAUGGUGUCGUCGUAAAUCUAAAGGGUCUGCCUUUGUAGAAUUUAGCGAACAAAGAAUUGCUUAUCAUAUACUCCAAGACUGCAGAGCAUUGAUGAUAGGAGGAACCAAAGCAAAACUUAAUCACAGUAAAAGAGGAGGAAGUCAGAUAUUUAUCAACAAUUUAAACAGAUUUGUGAAUGAAGCGGUAUUGAGACAUAGCAUUGUUACGAACUUUGAUAUUGAUGAUGAUCAUAUUGUUGCAGCUUCAUUCAUUCGCGAGAGAGUUCAGACGUCAAGAGCAGAACUAGACUUAAUCCAACAACGACUCCGUGCCCAUCUACAAAUGCAUGUUAAGGAAGGAAAAUAUGAUCUUUUUGUAAAACCACCCAAAGAUCAAGAUUUCACCUUUCUUGCCUUUGCCUCUUUUUCAAAGAUAGAAGAAGGACAAAAUGCAAGUGCGUAUGUGCAGGAAAAUUUUAGACCAAAUGAGGAAAUUAUAAAUACAUCUAUAACGCUUCAAGCCUCAAUACUUGUUUACAGAGCCAUAUUUGAAAAAUGUAACGACGUACUAUUUAAAGCUAUUACUACUUUGAAUCAACAAGAAGGGAUCGAAAUUCGCCAUAAAAUAUUAAGAAACGGAAACUGUAAACUUGAUAUGAAUUGCGAUCAUGUUGACACAUUACGAAGGGUCAGACGAAAACUUGACAAAAUUGUUCAGGGCAAAAGAAUGACAAAACAAGACUUUCCAAAUAUACAGGAACUUUUCACGAGAGCCGGGAAGUAUGAAAUACGGAAUAUCAUGUCACGGACAAGCUCGUUGAUAAUAGACGAUUAUCGCAUACUUGAAAUAUCGAUUUACGGCGAAAAGGAGCAGCAAAACGACACGUUUACAUUUUUAAAAGAGUACUUGUAUAAAUUGAGUCAAGGCAUUAACCGAAAUUUAUCUCUGAAAGGUGCAGAUAAGCCAUUCGGUGUUAUAAAAGAAAUGUUUUUACGAUUUGGUAUAGAUCUAGGAAAAAUGAAACGUGAUAUCAGAGGUCUUAACCGUUUACAGAUUAAUUUACGUCAUCAUAGUAUAGAUAUAAACGGCACGUCUGAAGCUGUUGAAAAGACAGUGGUCGAAAUAAAUGGUGUGAUUGAUCAUUUGAGAGAAAUGCAAAACUGUGAGCACAUUGAGAACGAAGAACACCAAUGUGCUAUCUGCUUCAUGGAAAUAGAAGAUGGGGAAAUGUACCGUUUAGAAUCUUGCGGUCACCCUUUCUGUAAGACUUGCAUUGUUCCACAACUUGAAUCAGCAGUUGGAAACAGUGACUUUCCCUUGGAAUGCUGCAAAGAGAGUUGUGGUGAAUUAUGGUCAUGGAAAGACAUUACAAAAUUAUCAUUGCAAUCAGGAAUGACAAUUAACAACGUAGUCAAUCGAGCCACUAGUUCUUAUAUUGCAAGAAAUUCAAAGAAAUAUAAAUAUUGUACUUCGCCAGAAUGUCCUAGUGUUUAUCGCGUGACAAAAAUGAUCAAUGAAUUCAGUUGUGGUGAGUGCGGGGUGAGGAUUUGUACAGCUUGCCACGCCCAGUCCCAUGAUGGUCUAUCAUGUGACAAUAUGAAAGAAUUAAAGGAGGAUACUUCUGGAAUAGCAAUAUGGCUAAGAAAAGAUCCCAAAAAUCGUAAACUUUGUCCCGGCUGCGGUUUACCAAUUGAAAGGUCAUUUGGAUGCGACCAUAUGGAAUGUACCAAGUGUCGUAGACAUUUUUGCUGGGUAUGUCUAGCACAUUUUAGUUCUAGUGGGGAUUGUUAUGCUCACCUUCGUAAUAUACAUGGUGGGUAUGGAGGAUGAUACUAAUUUGUGUAUUAACUGUUAUUGUGCAAACUCUGUCUGUGUGGUAUUUUCAGAGAUCAAAAUCAGUAAACGUAUUUCAACAGCAGAGGAGAGUUAUGACAUAAUUAUUGUAACCAGAGAUCUAUAUAAAAUGUGACAUCUGGUA